AUGCAUCCCGCAAUGGCAUCACCGCUCGAUCUGCGACCGUCGGGUUUGCUGUCCAUCGGUGCAUCUCCCUCACAUGCCACCACAUCUGCGGGCACUAACGCUUUAGGCGACCUUGCGGGCCAAUCACAACAGCACUACCAUUCCAGCACCCAGCAUCACCACCACCCGACACUGGGCGGUGGUUCCCAUAACAGUCAGGUACCACCGUCGGUGAAUCGGUCCAGCGGUGUAAACCGUAACCGGUCACGCAGUAGUUCCGGUUCGGAAAAUGGAACCUCCGGUGGACAGCAGAACCAACCCAGUGCGGACACGGGGAACGGGACGGAUGAAGGCGGUACGACGGGGAAAUCCGGUAGCCAUCGUUCGCAGAGUCUGGUGAAGCCGCCCUACUCGUACAUAGCGCUUAUCACAAUGGCUAUACUACAGUCACCACAGAAGAAGCUGACGCUCAGCGGUAUCUGCGAGUUUAUUAUGACACGGUUUCCGUACUACAAGGAAAAGUUCCCUGCAUGGCAAAACUCCAUCCGGCAUAACCUCAGCCUGAACGAUUGCUUCAUCAAAAUUCCCCGCGAACCGGGCAACCCGGGCAAGGGCAACUUCUGGACGCUGGAUCCGCUCGCGGAGGACAUGUUCGACAACGGUAGCUUCCUGCGGCGCCGUAAGCGCUACAAGCGUACAACGCUUGCCCAGAGCAUGGGCUUCCCGGGUGUGUUUGCACCAUUCGCACCGUUCUGGAUACGGAAGCCGGUGCCCGUGAUACCGAUGCAUCAGUUCGGUCCGGCCCACGCUGCUGCAUCCGCUUCGGUGGCCGGGUUUGGAGCGGAUGGACCCGGUGGACCGCUAGCAGCGUUGGGACCGGGCCGGACAGGGGACUUUCUGCUCGACAGCAAGCUUAAUCUGUUCGGUUCGGUCAAGAUGGACGAUCUGAACGUGGCCAUGAUGGAGAACAGUGACUUCCUGCAGCGGAACGUCGAUAGUUUGAAGAUCUCGAGUGCCAUGAACAAAUUUUUCCACGGCUAUCAUCAAGGGCAGGCGGGUGGUAGCGGGCCGCUGAUAGAUCUGUACGACGAUGGGCCCCAUCCGGCGAGCCUCGGUGUACAUCCGUGCACUGGUGGGCUGGUGCGGGAAGCCAUCUCUUACCCGUACGGAGCACAUAAACUUGCUGCUACCCGCAUGGGUGAUCCGCAACCAAGCGAACGGAGUGAUCGACGCGGUGAUUACGCCGAAGAGGAACACAUCUCGGCCGAUCUUGAUCUUUCCAGUGACGAUCGGAUCGAUGUUGAAAGUGAGGACGAUUAUAAAUCACCGGCAGACUGUGGGCCGGGAUCGCUUAGUUACCACGAGAUGCUACUGAAUGGCCGCAAAGCCAUUCCCGAGGAUGCACCAGCAAAUGCGCACCUAUCAGGAGCAUCUAGAUCGCCACCGGACGUGGAACAUCCUCAUCCAGCGCAAGCGUCACCCACGAUCGAACCAUCUGGUGAUUACUCCCCGCAUUGUAGUCCCACGCGGACGGUGCGUGAUUCGGACGAUUACUACAUCGAAGAGGACGAACAGUCCGACAAGGCAAGCAGUAGCGGAGGUUCGGUGGAAGAAUCGCGCCCAGCUACAGAGGAACGUCGCACACAUUUCUACACCGAGCUGCAACCUUCGCUGAUGGUUGCGGAACCACUGCGAGGGAUAGUUCCCGCCAGUAACGGACAUCCCGAAUCCGGCGUUAGUCCCGGGUAUGCCGAAACGACGAAGCUGUUCGAUGGUACCGAACCAUCGUUUGCGGCCCGCAAGCGGAAAUACGGCAAUACGAAGGGAUUCAGCAUAGAGAACCUCAUCGGUUGCAGUGUGGAGGAUAGAUGA